AUCGUCAGAGAGCUGCGAGAGUAGAGACAAGUUGGUGUGUGUAUGUGGUUUAGAAUUGUGGCCAGUAACUUUAUUUCAUUACUGACUUUUAGGCCAGUGCUUUGCUUUUACUGUCGUUACUACAUCGAGUAUGAAAAUAUGUGAUUAGUUCGGCUUUAAGAUUCAAGUAUGCGUGAUUUGAAGAGCACGCAUGACGGAUACAAUUGCAAAAUGAGGUGGGAAACAACCAGAAAGAAAGGAAUUGAGUCGCCAGUGUAUGCUAAGUUGGUUGACCCCCCUAGCAACAGUUAUCCAUUUGAAAAUCACAGCGGAGGUGUUGAAAUAUGCAGAAUGAAUUGGAAGAGCCAGACUGCAUUGACAUCAACAGAUAUGGAAAAAGUUAUCACAAGGAGAGUGCCGCCAAGUGACAGUGGUAAGAACAGAAUUGCAGAUGUAACUGGGGCUUACAGUGACAAAAACAAAAUUGCCAUGGAUACUGAGAAUGGCAGGAACAGAAUUGCAACUGGGACUGAUAGUGCCAAGUCCAGAAUUGUCAAAGGUAUUGACAGUUGCGAGAAUAAAGUUGCUGAUAAUACAGCAAAUAAAGAAAAUGAAACGAGUCUCACAAACAGUGAGGCAAUUAAGAUGGAAACGGAAAAUGAAGCCACUUGUACUAAGAGAGACAAGGAUUCCAGCAGCAGACGUGAGAAGAAGAAGGACCUUCCAGAAGAUUUUAGUAACAGUGAGGAAAACGGUGAAGAUGAGUGUCAAGAACAAAAGGAGAAAGUUCCAUCUGUUUCCGUUUCUGAUGAUGAAAUCCAGAUGAAGAAUUUUGAAAUUACUGCUUCUGAAACAAAAAAUAUCGAAGGACAGCUGAAGAAAUUGGCAAUCAGUGUACCAGAAGAACUAUGUGAACGCAGUCCCAUGGGAAAUGAGAAGUGUCAUAUAAACAGUUACAGCUCAGAUAAAGUGUCAUCAAAAGUCCUGUGUAAUGGAGGAGGUAUUGUAGCUGAGGCACCCGCAUUGCCAAACCACGUGCAAAAUACAUGCCUCUCUGCAAGUGUGCAGGGAAACAUAAUUGACUCAUCAGAAUCUGACAAUUCUACAUUGCAGCUUCCAUCACAAGAAUUUCCAUUUGGUGAAGCAUCAUCAUCUCCCCCAGAUUCAUUUAAGUGUGGGUUGGAGCCUCCAUGCUUUAAAGGGGGUGAUCGUGAUACAUGCUUGAAUGAUUGCUGCAGUAAACCGAAAGGAGAACAUACACAAAACAUGACAGUGCCGCCAAGUGACGAUGGCAAGAACAGAAUUGCAGAUGUAACUUGGGCUGUCACCUACAGUGACAAGAACAAAAUUGCCAUGGGUACUGACAAUGGCAGGAACAGAAUUUCUACUGGGACUGAUAGUGCCAAGUCCAGAAUUGUUGAAGGUAUUGACAGUGGCAAGAAUGAAGUUGCUGAUGACAUAGAAAAUAAAGAAAAUGAAAUGAGUCUCACAAACAGUAAAGGAAUUAAGAAGGAAACUGGACGUAAAGCCACUGCUACUAAAAGAGAGAAAGAUUCCAGCAACAGACAUGAUAAGAAAGGCCUUCCAGAAGAUUAUAGUAACAGUGAAGAAAACUGUGAAGAUGAGUGUCAAGAACAAAAAGGGAAAGUUCCAUCUGUUUCCGUUUCUGAUGAUGAAAUUCAGCUGAAGAAUUUUGAAAUUACUGCUUCUGAAACAAAAAAUAUCGAAGGACAGCUGAAGAAAUUGGCAAUCAGUGUACCAGAAGAACUAUGUGAACGCAGUCCCAUGGGAAAUGAGAAACGCCACAUAAACAAUUACAGCCCAUAUGCUGUGUCAUCAAAAGUCCUGUGUAAUGGAGGAGGUAUUGUAGCUGAGGCACCCGCAUUGCCAAACCACGUGCAAAAUACAUGCCUCUCUGCAAGUGUGCAGGGAAACAUAAUUGACUCGUCAGAAUCUGACAUUCUCUCGUUGCUUCCAUCACCAGAAUAUCCAUUUGGUGAAACAUCAUCAUCUCCCUUAGAUCCAGUUUUAUAUGGGGAACCAUCUCCCUCAAGCCAACUGCCAUGUUUGCAGCAGGAUGAUCUUGAUCGGUGGUUAAAUAACUGUUUCACUACUCUGAAUGAAGAAAACAUACGAAACACGGACACUGAUGGCCCACUGGGGUUCCCAGGGAUAACAGAUUUAUGUAGCUUUCAACCACUAGACUCGCGCUACAUAAAUAACUGCUCUGAACAAAAUGAACUGACCCAAGAUCAUAAUCCCAUCAUUUUAUCUCAGUCUCCUCCAACAUACAGAUGCACAGCAUCUAUUCCAAGCAUGUCUUCGCCCUCUUCUGGGAGUCUUCACUCAUCUGAGUGUUCUACAUUAAGUUCACCAGUUUCAAGUCCUGGUGAUUCACUUACAAGUAAGUCCGAUUUGGAUACUGAAACUGAACUGCUGAAGACAGAAUUAAUCCUGCAAGAAGGAAGUUCUAGCCAGAGUGAUGCUUCAUUCUGGUCUGCUGAACUUAUAAAUAACAACAAUGUAAAUAAUUUGCUGGCCCCCAGUCAGCUAUGUAAUCCUGCAUUUUAUUCAUUGACAUAUCCAGUACAACCAACCAUCAGUUCACAAACAUCACAGCCACCGUUCACUAUGCAUCGAGCACAGCAGUCCAUCAGUGUGCAAGCACAUUCAGUGAACAGUGUACAAUGUGCACCCCAAAAUAUUCAUUUGUCACCAUCACCAAAUGUCCAAACUGUAGUAAUUCAGAAUAAUGUUCAGCCUUUCACAUACACAGUUCCUCAACAACCUAAUAUCCAACGGCUUCCUAUUGUUCCCAAUCUUGUUGCUGCUUCAGGUCGUGAACGAAUUUCUGAGAAGUUGAACAAAGCAGCAAAAGACUGUGCUUUGUUAACACUGGCAAAACUAACAGAUGAGGAGCUGUCUGAGGGGGAUGAGCAUGGUGACACGCAGUUGAUGAUUCUCAUUUAUAAUCAUCCAGAGAAGCUGGAAUAUAUCUUUGCCAUGGUCAAUAGAUUAAAAAACAUUCCAGGAGCCCUCGAAGCUAGAAAUUCCCAGAAUCAGUCGGCAUUACUUCUGGCCUGCUUGGGACUACCUCAUAUGCCUUUUGUGGCUCGUUUUAUAGCAGAGGCGGUGUUUGAAAAGGCUGUAUCGAAGAAUGAGGUGUAUGGAAACGGAAACACACUCUUACACCUCUUGUGUGCAAAAGGUGAUUCUCAUGUGGACAUAUUGGCCGAGCUUCUCAGUAUGAGGGACUUGAACAACCUUCCAUGCUUUGAUGUUAAUCAGUACAACUACAGAGAAGGAACCCCACUGCAUGUGGCAGUAAAAACGCACUCCAGAAAAAUUAAUUGCUCUCGUACAAUUGCUUUUUUAUUAAGCCAAGGAGCAGAUGUACUUGCACAGGAACGAUCUGGUGGUCUUACUGCACUGCAUAUGGCUAUAAAAGAAUCCUGUGACCCUCUGCUGGUGCAGAUCCUCCUGCAAGCAGCAGAGAGAAGGAACAUUAAUCUUGUAAAUAAGGGUGACUAUCCAGGUGACACAGCACUUCACUAUGUUGCCCUAAGAAACGACGUUGCAUUGAUUCAACAAGUCAAAGUUGUUCAGCUGCUGGUUCGGUAUGGAGCAGUGAGCAACCGUUGUGGUAGCCAGGGCAGAACACCCCUUGCUCUUGUUUCAGCUGAAAGAAAGAGUGUAAUCCAAAGAAUCAUUCAUAGACGGUGAGAAACUCUGGACGUCGGACAGACACUCAACUUCAUGAUCCAGUGAAUAUGGCUCUGUAAUGUGAGCCAUCCUGUAAAUAAGCUACAAAUUGUGUAUUGCUGCAUCCACAUUUGAGAAGUGACAUUCAUUUAUAUAGUAGUUUCCACAAUACAGAGGAGUAGUUCUCUUCAUGCUUAAUUCCAUUGCAUGAAAUGCAUCUUUCAAUGGGUUUUCAGCCCCAAAAAGGUAGAAAACGUCUUCCUGAGAUUUUGUAAUCUUCAGGCACCUUUUAUAUUUAAAAAGAAGGUCUGCUGUAUUCACAGCUUCCAUUUUAAAAAUGUGUGAAUAUGUGGCAUAGUAACUGACAGAAGGGCAUAAACCACAACAGACAUAACCUCUUAUGAGUAACUGGCCUGAGUGGACAGUGUUCCUAUGUAGGGGAGAACAUCAUGUUACCUGACAUGGAGGCAAGAAUGUGACAUUGUGUGCCAUGGGACAAGUAGCAUACAUGUCCACAGAUCAGAACAUCCUAGCCUGCUGUUAUAUAAUGUGUACAGUAUUAAUUGUUCAGCAGGUUGUUUUUGCAGUUAAUUU